ACAUGCAACAAUCGACCUCGCCAUUGCCACCACGCUCCUGUCCCCUGCAUCAACUAUUCAUCAGCGCUGCAUCGCCAUCUUUGCUGCUCGCUCAGACACAGAAACAAGUAUGGACACCACCACCAGUGACUUGCGCGCUCGCCUUCUCGACCUCGGCUUCAACCUACAUCAAGCCAGAGCCGCAGUAGACGCAGGAAACACUACGGUUGAGUCAGCAACGGAAUGGAUCUUUGACAACAGCGCCACGCCUGCGCCAUCAACCAGCAGCGCCGGCAAUAACGCCACACUACGUCUUCGCGAUGAACAAGAUGAGGCCUUUGAUACGGACCUUCAGCAGGCACUUUCAGAAUCCUCCAGAGUAACAUAUACUCUUCCAACCCACACCUCCAAACCAUCGCCCGCUGCAGUCAGCCUGUCACCAGAACCCCCUAGCGCCUCGGCCACGAAAAAGAUUAAGAUCAAUAUCAUUCGAAACGAACCAUCAGCCAAAACUACACCACUAUUGCCACUGGCAUCGCGGCACAAAGACGGAGAAUUGGAGGCUCAAAACGCUGCACGACUCGCAGAGGCUAACAGGAGAGCCGAGCAGACCAAACGGGAAAAAAUGGAGGCUCGCCUGGCCCGCCAGAGAGCAUUGAACGAUCUUAAGGAAGAUAGAGAGAAUAGAAAACUUCGCACCCAUCACGCGACAGGAUCGUCUGCAACUGCUGUACCUGGAGGCGCAAAUGUAUCCAACAUUCAAGCACAAAUUAGUACACCGACUGCUCCUUCGGAAACCUCGAGUAGAUCUCUCACGAUGGUUCAGCUACGACUGAAGAACGGAUCAGUCUUGAAACGAUCAUUUGAGAGCAGCGCAACACUGAAAGAUCUUUUUGAGCUUGCGCGUGCAGAGGAUGGCAACAUUGGAUCCGCUGACAUCAGCCUGAUUCAGCCGUUUCCUAGGAAAGAGUUCACGAUCGCGGACAACAGUCUCACAUUGUCCGACGCGGGUCUUUGCCCCAGCUGCUCACUCAAUGUCUUGGUUCAAGCACCAAUUCCGGCGCCACAGCCCAUUAUGCCUGGUUCAUGGCUUCCACCUGACGUCGAAAUGGAGGAACCUUCAGCAUCAGGAGCCCAGGAUGAACUGAUGUUGGCCGACGAGGAAUACAACGAGGGUGGGGGUCAUGGGGACGAGGAGGACGCCUCAGAACAGGAUGAAGUUGAAGACGACCAAGCAGGCGAAAUAGAUGAUAGCGACGGUGAUGGCGAUGAUGACGAGGACGAUGGGGAUGAUAUGAUGCAUGCACUACCUAUGCCGCUCCACCCACCACAGCAUCCUUUUGCAGGUGGAGGCAGAGGCAGAGGACGAGGACGGGUAGGACAGAUACCGUUUUCCGGAGCAGGGCGCGCACUUGGGUCAACAGUAUCGGCCUCAUCGACCAGUCAAUCCGGGACACCUGUGGAAUCAAAUGUAGAGAACACGGAUGUCGCCCGUCGUCAACGUAUUUUGGAUGCCAUGGCCAAUAGAUCAGCCAUUCAGCAUGGCGCGGAUAACAAGGGCUCGGAAAGCCGGCGGAAAAAAACAAAGGAAAAGUUUAUUCCAACACUUCAGUCGCUUUGCAGCUACUCGGUCGCAGUCAUGUUGGCGGCCAAGGACUCGAAAUCGAGUAAGAAUCUAAAGCUAUUUGGAGAAAAUGUUGGAUCGCAGAUCGCAGAAGGCAUCAUUCAGGAACUCAUCAAAAUGAAGCAGCUCGACCAGCUGACUUUCAAGCGGCUCUAUAGCUGUUCCAUCGUGAAUAUAGUGCUCGAUGCAUACUCGCGUGCCACGGACUCGUUGAUGGACGCCAUUGGGACCUCUCAGUCUCGAUCACUGACGUAUCUCAGCCUGAAGGAAUGUAUAUUCUUGACAGACAAAGGAUUUUCGAAUAUCCGCCGCUUUGGGGAGUUGGAGUACCUGGAUCUGUCACACUGUCGCAUCACGGACAAAACUCUCGAGUUCACGCUAGACCUUCCAUAUUUGAGCACGCUUCAUUUAUCGGCAACAAAAAUCACAACAGGAGGCCUGGCGAGAAUCAUUUCGAAAGCUGCAUGGAGCUCGACGCUGCAGACGCUUGAUUUGUCGUACUGCGAAGAGAUCAAGGGACCCGCUGUUCUCGUCAAUCUGCAAGAACUUACGGGCCUCAGGACACUUAAGCUGAACAACACCCGUGCAUUUGAUCAUUCUCCAGUCCAGGUUCCCGACCAGCGGGCGUUCAUCUACUUGCUGCAUCUGGAUAUCGCAAGGACCCCGAUAACCAACGAUGACCUUGUUAAGUUGAUCCCUUGUUUCAAGUCGCUGGAGGUCCUCAAUCUGAGCUCAUGUGCGAGUGUGACCGCUGCGUCUUUGGAAAGCUGUGUACAAGAACUUCGCGAGCUGCACAAUAUCAGCUUUCCGAAUCGGGAACACGAUCUCGUCAGUGUGCUGCCCACAGCAGCAGCGCUACCAUUGACACAUCUGGAUCUGACGGGCUUUUUGUUCGUGACAGACGACGCUAUCCUUUCGCUGUCAGCGGCUACAAAUCUGCAAAUGCUUUCGUUAGCAGGAACAAAACUCACGGACGUUGGAUCAGCGGCGUUUGUCCAUAUGUCGUCGCUGAAAGAACUUUUGCUUGACCGGACCAUCAUUGGCGACAAGACCAUGGAAUACUUGCGAGAUUUGGGUAGGAUCGAGGUUCUUUCCUUGCAUCGAUGCGAACGACUGACUACCGCAGGAAUGAUGCUCCUUGGAAAAUGCGCGUUCUUUUCGAUCAAGCUGAAGAGACUGAAUCUUGGAUAUAACAAAUACAUCCAUGACGAAGCACUGACGGUGUUUAUACGAUGUAACGAGCUGAACACGCUGAAUCUGGAGUACACGGAUGUGUCUGAAGAACGGGCGUUGAGACUACAGGAAUCGUUGCCGAAUCUGAAGCAGCUUCGGAUCCAAGGAAUCACGCAAGGAGCAGUGUAUGAAGAGACCCCCCGACCUACUUUUACGUGAUCGGGACGCGUUAGAUCUGUUCUUGCGAAUAUAAAACAAACGGCGAUGUUUUAC